AUGACAUCUGAAAAGGAACUAGAGAAAAUAAGGCAGCUCCUGCAAGAGGUAAGUGUUGACGAUUGUAAUAUUUUUGAUGACUCAUCGAACAGUGAAUCAGAUAUUUGCGAACCUGUGUAUAGAAAUAGUGAUACCGAACCUUCUGAUAUUUCGGAUACCGAAAAGUUGACUUCGUCUGAUGAUAAGGACGACGAAAAUUUUAUGAUAGGCAAAGACAAAAAAACUAAGUGGAGAAAAUCUGUCAUUACUAAAAAUGUCCGAACAAGAGUUCAAAAUAUUGUUAUCCAUUUGCCAGGUCCUAAAUUCAUUGCCAAACAAAUGAAAUCUCCAUUAGACUGUUUUAAUUUGCUAGCAGUUAUUGGUUUACUAAUCAUAGCUGGUUCAUUUCGGUCAAGCAAGGAAAAUUUAGUUGACCUUUGGGCUGUUGAUGGUACUGGGAUAGAUAUUUUUCAUGCCACCAUGUCAAUGGACAGAUUUUUAUUUCUAAUGCGUUGCUUGCGAUUCGAUGACAUAAACGAUUGUGCUCAACGUAAAGAGCUCGAUAAAUUAGCACCAGUUAGAAAACUGUUUACAAUAUUUGUUCAAAAUUGUCAAAAUGCUUACACAAUUUCAGAAUAUUCAACAAUUGAUCAGCAACUAGUUGCUUUCAGAGGUAAAUGUCCUUUUAGACAAUAUAUACCAAGCAAGCCAGCAAAAUAUGGCAUAAAAAUUCAAACUUUAUGCGAUGCUCGAACUUGGUAUGUAUUGUCAAUGGAAAUAUAUGCGGGAAAACAGCCUGCAGGACCCUAUGAGCUGUCAAAUGCUGCCAAAGAUGUUGUUCAUAGACUAACAGAACCAAUUGAAAAUACAGGUAGAAAUAUAACACUUGACAACUGGUUCACAAGUAUACCUCUUGCAGAAGAGCUUUUACAAAAAAAACUAACUUUAGUCGGUACUUUACGAAAAAAUAAACCUCAACUUCCCCGUGAAUUGAUUGACAUAAAAAAAAGAAUUCUAUAUAGUACUAUAUUUGCGUAUAAUAACCAAAUAACUGCACUAUCGUACGUCCCGAAAAAAGGCAAGAACGUAGUUUUGAUUUCAACAAUGCAUUCAAAUUCAAAUGAUAUUGAUUCUACAACCGGUGAUGCGAAAAAACCUGAAAUCAUUUCGUUUUAUAAUACCACUAAAAUAUUAGAUAUCGCAGGAAUAAACUCGCAAGUCAUUUUCGUAUCAAACAAUCCAGAAACAAAAACUGUUCGAAGACUUUUUCUAAGAGGGUUGGGACUAGAUUUGCUAAAGCUACAAGUUUCAAAAAGAGUUACAACCAAAACCGUCCCUAGAAGUUUACGUUUAGAAGCAGCAAAAUAUGCUAAUCUCCCGGUGGAAAAAUUGAAACAAUCUUCAUCACAAAACCGCUCAUCUGGAAGGUGUAUAGUAUGUCCGAGUAACAAAGAUAAAAAACUAAAUGUUCGUGCUAUAAGUGUAAUAAUUUUAUGUGCCAAAACCACAUGA